AAGCCCGAGAGCGGAAGGGUUAAACCUUAACUGGGAGUGUGUAUCGAUGUUGCAUUUUUCUGUAGCCCAUCCGUCGGGGAAAGUUCCUGCUUGAGAACUUUAACAUGCUUUAUGAUUAUAUUGUAGAUACGUGAUUUGUAUGCAGGGACAGCACAUAUUAUUAUACUUUAAUUUGCCGACCGGGUAUUGUCCAACUUUCAAGGGAAUCACCGUUUGGAAUGCAGUAACGCAAUCGUUUGAGUGAGUCAACAAUGUAAAGACGGAGCAACGCAGCUCGAACGCUAGACCGGCCUGACUUGGAGAGAAGUCAGAAUGCGCUCCACCGACAACCCACCCCCCACCGCCGCCAGCAGGCCCGUGAGCACCAGCCACAACAACAGCAACGGGAACUCCGGCUCCCAGUAUGCACUGUGUGCCCUGGGGGUGGGGCUUCUGGCCCUGGGCGUGGUGAUGAUCGUGUGGAGCGUGGUGCCUCCCGACCCGGCCUUGAACGGCAGCAGCGGCGCCAAGCCGGAAAACCGCAGCAAAGCGUCAACGGUGGCGUUCGUGCUGGUGGGGUCCGGGGUGGCCAUGUUGCUGCUGUCUCUGUGCCUGGGGAUGAGGAACAGGAAGAGGGAGCUGCAGGCGCUGCAGACGGCGCAGGAUGGGGCCGGGGCCGGAGGAGAGGCCGCUGGCGAGGACGGAGAGACUGCCGAGGAGAGAGCCCAGAGGUACAACGUCCCCAGUUAUGAGGAGGCGGUGGGCAGCGGCCAGUACCCUGUCCGCCAGAGCAACCUCCGUCACAGCGCCUCCCAGCUGCCCGCCUACGACGACCUGGACCAGGUGGACGCCGUCCAGUUUGAGACGGAGGGGACCGAGGGACCCCCGCCCGCCGCCGCCUCCGGUCCAGCAGCCGUCCCGGCCAAUCGGAAACCUGGAAAGAACAGCCGCAGGCUCCUCCCCCUCAAGAUUCGCCGGAUUAAAUCGGAAAAGAUGCAUAUGAAGGUGACGGAUGUUUCACCAGAAGGGGGCAGUAUCGAGCCGCUCACUCCCCCGCCUCAGUAUGAGGAUAAAAUUCCACCGCUCUGAGAGACGAGCGCCCUCCUUUGGCUGGCGUUCGGAAAUGCUACUGCUGGAAUCCUCUGUGGAUGUCCUCAUUGAGGGUCUAUGUGUCUCUACGCCAUGUAUGCCUAUUCUAAGUGUGGGCUUCCAAACUUCUGCUUUGACACUUGGCGCAAGCAGUUCGUCUGAAGGCUCUUUUUUAAAACCAUGUUUGUACAAUAUUGGAAACAAAUGAACACUUGUUCAGUGCAUUGGUUUUUUGGUGUCGGGAUUUGACUGGAUUUCGCUGUCAUCAUUUAUGUUGAUGGACUGGAAUUGCAUAGACUUAUGAAUCUCACAGAUUUUGGAGACUGCUGUGUAUGCCUGAACCAAAAUGCCACAGCUGCCUUUCUAGAUUACAAUACCUACCCUGUCCAUGUGUGUUCGUGUCUGUUGGGGCCAAUGGAGACGCUACAAAACUAAUAUUCCCAGUAGGGAAUCAAGUCAAAUCAACCAGAAUAUGCAGUUAUCCUUUUUGAAAUUGGUGCCUUUUAUAAAAUCAGUCUGCAUUCGUUGGUGUCUGAAUCAGUCUGUCUCAUUCAGCAUUUGUGGCCUUUAGUGGAAAAAAGUUGAGCGUGACUAAGGAAGAGAGAGGCGGCUUGUGAAUAUUUGGAAGGCUUGGUGCUGUAGUCAUGGUGAGGUGGGCAGAUUUUCCACGGGCCUUAGCAGUAGCAGCUCAUCUCGCUGGCUGGUCUAACUCCAUAGAGGGAGAGAGGGAGCCCUUGGCUGGGCUGACUUCAUAGAGGGAGAGAGGGAGCCCUUGGCUGGGCUGACUCCAUAGAGGGAGAGAGGGAGCCCUUGGCUGGGCUGACUUC